AUGGCUUCAAAUGGAAUUCACCGAUCUGCCAACCAGGCGUUGGACAUUACUGUUCUGGGGUUGAACAGUGGAACCUCGAUGGAUGGCAUUGACUGCGCUCUUUGUCGCUUCUGUCAGGAAACUCCCGAGUCUCCCAUGCACUUUGAAUUGCUCAAGUAUGGAGAAAUCCCAUUGGAGCCUGUGAUCAAGAAGCGAGUCAUGAACAUGAUUCUGCACAACAAGACGUCUCCGUCUGAAUUGUCGGAAGUGAAUGUCAUUCUGGGCGAGACCUUUGCUUCCGCCGUGCAUCAGUUCUGCGCCGAUUACAAGGUCGACAUCAACACCAUCGAUGUCCUAGGCUCCCACGGCCAGACCAUCUGGCUUCUCUCUAUGCCCGAGGCCGGUGAGACGCGUAGUGCUCUGACAAUGGCAGAGGGCACCUUCCUUGCCUCGCGCACAGGUAUCACCUCGGUUACAGACUUCCGGGUCAGUGAUCAAGCCGCCGGUCGCCAGGGAGCGCCCCUUAUCGCAUUCUUCGAUGCACUAGUGCUGCACCACCCCACCAAGCUGCGUGCGUGCCAGAACAUCGGCGGAAUUGCCAAUGUCUGCUUUGUCCUGCCGGACACCCACGGCGGUGUGGACGCCUGCUAUGAUUUCGACACCGGUCCUGGAAACGUCUUCAUCGACGCCGUUGUCCGCCACUAUACCAAUGGAACGCGCGAGUACGACCAGGAUGGUGAGAUGGGUGCCCGCGGUACCGUCGACCAGGAACUUGUCGAUGAUUUCCUGACUCACCCCUACUUCGCCCUUGAACCCCCUAAGACGACCGGCCGUGAAGUUUUCCGCGACACUCUCGCCCACGAUCUAAUUGUGAAGGCCGAAGCCAAGGGCCUCAAGCCUGACGACGUCGUCGCGACGAUCACCCGCGUCACCGCCCAGGCCAUUGUCGACCACUACCGCCGCUACGCCCCCAAGGACCUUGAAAUCGCCGAGAUCUUCAUGUGCGGCGGCGGCGCGUAUAACCCCAACAUUGCCGCCUUCAUCCAGGAGAACUAUCCUAACACUCGCAUUCUCAUGCUCGACGAGGCCGGUAUCCCUGGUGGCGCCAAGGAGGCCAUCACAUUCGCUUGGCAGGGUAUGGAGGCCGUGGUGGGUCGCUCUAUUCCUGUCCCCACCCGUGUCGAGACCCGCCAGGAGUAUGUUCUUGGAAAAGUGUCGCCUGGCAAGAACUACCGUAAUGUCUUGCGUCAGGGUAUGCUGUUCGGCGCUGGUCGUGACCACCUCUCGCCUGUCAAGGAGAUGGUCAACUAUGUCGAUGGCAAGGUUUUCGAUAACAAGUGGUAA